UUUCAGUGACACACAGUUUCAUGGUGUCUGUAGGACUGCUUUAGCUGUUAAAGUCAUCAUUUUUUACUCACGAUUUUUAUUCUAUGAUGUGUCUAUCAAUUAUCAUUUAAUCUGUAACAAUUUGUUUGAACGGGUGAUAUGGCUCGACAUCGUAACAUCCGUGGUCUCAAUUACGAUGAAGAAUAUGACGACGUUUACAAUUCCACUUAUGGUACUUCAGUAGAAGAUGAUUACUGCAUUUCACCUGGGACUGAAGCUCAGUUCACCUAUAACCGAGGUGGAAGUCGUGAUGACUCCAGACUGUCCGGUUACCUUCAAAAUUGGAAUAGAAGUGGAGACAUUCAAGAGGAAACCAAUGAUGAAACUGAUUCCCCAGUUGAGCUGGAUCGUAGACCAUCUGAUGGUAGUAUCGACAAUACAAUAAAAUUUUUAGACCAAACUGAGCAAGUUCAAUUGCAGUCAUGUGUUUUAGAACUUCAGAACGUGGUUGGUGAAACAGUACCUGAAUCAAUCCUCAAAGAAAAAGCUCUGAAGCACCGAUUCGAUGUAGAAAAAGCUCUUGACGAAGUUCUGAAUCCGUCUAAAUGGAAAAUGCAAUCAAAUGCUCAAACCAAAGUCAAAAUUUCUGAACCGAAAAGACCUGAAAUUAAGAAAAGACAAGAAGAAUUGGAUACAAAGAUCGAUAAACUCCUUGAGUCUUUCCUUGGCAAACAACUUAAAAUGGAAUCAUCAUCAUCCACAUCAUCUUUCCAUAAUCAUUCAAAAGUCAAUUCUCUCUCAUCCUCAAAACAGUGUAAAAACUCUAUUACCACUUCUCCAUCAACUAACCCUACCUCAGCUGAUUCUAAAACGUGUAUAGCUCCUCCACUUAAUUUUAUAUUAGACCUUGAUGAUGGUCAUAUCAGCCUUACUAGUAAAAUCGAUAAUGUAAGGUUGCCCAAUUUUGUUAUUACCCUCACUGCCAGAUAUAAACCGGAUCUAUCGAGAAUUGUUAAUCCAAGGAUUGGACUCAAGGAGAGAUUGGUUGAGUAUCACAAACAACAAGCCUUUAAAAGCUUUGACUUUUUAACACCAUCACCAGAUGAUCUAAGACUUAAUCGAAGAUCUGGAUUAACAAGAGAACCUGUUGAACAUGUUGCAACGGAUGUGCCAGAUGAAGUGGCAGCAAGACUCGAAAAGAAAGCUGGUAAAGAAUCACCGCAGGUUAAAGCUGUCGAUAGACUAAGAGAAAGUUUGCAUGUGGACAAAAAAGAAAGAAAGAAAAGCCCUGCUGCAGUAGAUAGAUCAUCUCCAUCAGGACCACAAGUCAUUGGGGCAGCCAAAAAUCAAGUCAAGAUAAUCUCAAAAGAAAGUGUUAUCCAAGAGUUUACUAAAGAAAGAUUAGGAAAGAAAACUUUAAUCAACUUGGUUGUUGUUGGCCAUGUUGAUGCUGGUAAAUCAACUUUAAUGGGCCAUUUAUUGUAUAGAUUAGGUCAAGUAUCGAAGAAAAAUAUGCAUCGAUAUGAGACAGAUUCUAAAAAAAUCGGAAAAGCAUCUUUUCUUUAUGCAUGGGUUCUUGAUGAAACGGAUGAGGAACGAAACCGUGGUAUCACCAUGGAUAUAGCUCAAUCUUCUUUUGAAACCGCAACGAAAUCAGUAAAUCUUCUUGAUGCUCCUGGUCAUCGAGAUUUCAUUCCUAACAUGAUUACUGGUGCAGCUCAAGCUGAUGCAGCUUUGUUAGUCAUAGAUGCCACCAACGGUGAAUUUGAAGCUGGUUUUGAAGCUGGUGGUCAAACUCGAGAGCAUACUUUACUCAUUCGAUCGUUGGGUGUUUCACAAUUAGCUGUGGUAGUUAACAAACUUGAUAAUGUUAAUUGGAGUAAACAGAGAUUCGAUGAAAUCGUGGGAAAGUUAACUCCAUUCCUUAAGCAAGCUGGUUAUAAAGAUCAUGAUGUCACUUUUGUGCCUUGUAGUGGCUUAACUGGAGAAAAUCUGAAUGAACGCUCAAAAAAUCCCUCACUCACCGCAUGGUAUUCAGGUUUAUCACUCGUCGAAGUAAUCGACGCUUUUAAAGCUCCAGAAAGGCCUGUUUCAAAACCAUUCCGUUUAAGUAUCGGGGAUGUUUUUAAAGGGCUAACUUCUGGUGUGUGUAUUUCUGGUCGAAUUGAAUCAGGCGCUGUACAGUUAGGUCAAAAGCUCAUCGUAAUGCCUUCAGGUGAACAAGCAGUCGUCAAAGCCAUUUCCGUGGAUGAUAAUCCUUUAACUCAAGCAUUUGCCGGUGAUCAAAUCGCCUUAACAUUAACUGGUUGUGAUGUUGCUAAUAUUGCUACUGGUAAUAUACUUUGUGAUUUAACUGACCCUUCACCAGCUACAACUCGUUUCCUGGCUAAAAUUGUUGUAUUCAACAAUGUUCAAGUUCCAUUAACUAAAGGAGUUCCUGUUGUAUUGCAUUGCAAAAAUUUACAAGAGCAAGUCACCAUCAGAAAACUUGUUUCACAAGUGAAUAAAAGUACCGGACAAGUGAUGAAAGCAAAGCCUCGAUGUUUACCUUCCAAUACAAGUGGAAUCGUAGAAAUUGAAUCAUCCAGACCCAUAUCAAUCGAACUAUACCAGGAAUACAAAGAUCUCGGACGUAUUAUGCUUCGGUCUAGAGGGACUACUGUGGCCGCUGGUUUGGUCGUGCAGAUUUUAUGAAUAUCUAAUGGUCAAUCUUUUAACUGUUUAAUAUUGUAAAUGAUUACGGAACAAAUAAUUUACAAUGUAACUUGUUUUUCAUUAAUGCUUCCCUUACCUGUUCAAUUUGUUUUUUUCUUCUAAAUGAAAUAUCUUGGUUCAAGAUUAUUAUUAAUUACAAUUGCAUCACUAAACCUAUUUGAGCCAAUUAUUUGAUUUCAAACCAUCUCUCAUCAUCAAACGUAAUAGCAUUAGUUGAGAUUGAUAUUGUUGAAAUUAAAAUAGGAUUAUUUUACGGAUCAAAUCAGAUGAGAAAAACUAAACUCAAUUUACUUUUGUUUCUGCACUUUUUUGGCUCAAUCAGUACAUCCAUCAACCCUGUGCCAACAUCAAACCGAUUUUUUAUACUUCUUGAUAAAAGGCUGUUGAGUUGCCAUUGAUUAGUUUGGUGAUCAAAAUCAGCGUAAAUUAGUAUAGCUAAUCAGCAACAUUUAAUCCGUGCAAACAACGUUUGAGAAAAAAGUUGACAAUCGACAGUAAAUUCCUCAAAACGAACCAAAUAAAAUGAUUUAUCUAUCAUGUAAA